GAGCGGCUUGCGUCACCCUUUCGGGUACCGGCAUGGAGACAUAAGAACCUGCUGUUGCGAUCUUCCUGCCGUCUAUCGUAUAUUCCCUCCAAGUUUCCUUGACGGUUUCCUUGACGCUCCCAUAACAUAUCCACGCACACAGAAGCAAUCUUUCGACGAUUCUUCGCAGACUUCGAGAUGGCGGCCGACUUACUGCCGAAGCGUCAUGUUUCGGCCAUCUUCCACCGCCAUAACAGCACCCGCCGUAAAGCAAGAUCAACAAGAUCCGCGAGCCCACCAGAGCAUAGAAAACUAAAUCUAUUCGAGGGAACCGACACUGUAGCACACAACCGUAAAGUCGCCGUCCAACGCAUUGCCGAAAUACACGAUGCCCUUGACCUCAAAUACCGCACUGAGUCUGCCACAUCUGACGGAUCCACGUCACCUUCAUCGAGCUCAAGCGAUCCCUUCACCGCCGAAUUCAGCGCAUUGAACAUUCCUGGGGCUGAAGAUGAAGUAGGCGCCUUCAGGUACCCUGCAGCGGAAGUCCGAGCUUUCAAAUACCUUCUCCGCAAGUGGGACAGCAGCGCAACACCGGAUGCCGACUUCGACAACGCCGUGGAGCCGUUCAAGCUUCACUUUGAGGAAGCAGCUGUCAAAUACUUCAUCUGGCGAAUAGCAUUGUGGGACAAGAACGAAGAGGCACUGAAAGAAGGGACGGGUAAGAAGGCAAAGGACAGGAAGUGGAUGAGGAAGGAGAAAGAGAAUAACAGCGCGCUGGGCCAGAUGUGGACGACUGAACUGGGAUUCGAGGACUACGAUUUGAGGGAUGGAUUGAAGGAGGUUACUACGCGAGAGGGGCUGGCGCAGCUGUUGUGUACGUUGUUCCAAGAUAAAGAGGAGCCAUUAACUCCGGAAUUUUUUAGGGGGUGUAGAGAGGCUGUCAAGAAGACGUAUGGCAUCCAGAGCUGAACAUAUGGUGGUGGUGGUGGAGAACGAGGAAUGUGUCUCGAUAGCUUGUUAGUGCCUCUUGUGUAAUUCAAUAACUAUAUGCACCUACG